UUCUCCCCCUAAAAGGUGCGUACCCUCAGACAAUAGCUAGCCCUUUUGAUCUUUCCAGAGCCGCGGUGGGAAAGGUGAGGCGUGCAAGUGCGCAUGCCCGGGUAGCUACAGGUGCAUCACCUGCGCUGUCCUUGCUGGUGGUCACUAUAAGAGCGGCUCCCAAGCGCCUGUCGCGGCCGGGAGAGCGCGCGCGCGCGCGCAGACGCACGGCGCCGCGGAGAGAGAGAGCGCGCGCCAGACAGACAGAGACAGCUGAUGCCUGUCAGCGCUGCGGGGCCGGGAGCUCUCGCGAGAGCUCCCCGAACCGGCCGCGAGAAGUGGGGCUCAGGUGUAAGAGGAGUGCAUCCCGUCGGCGCGCGGGGCUAGAGCUGUAGGAGAAGUGGGAUCGCGAGGCCGGUGCGCGGCGCUCUGCACGGUCAAAGGGAGCGCCGGGCGGCAGCGGCGGCAGCAGAGGAGCAGCAGCAGCCCCCGGCGCGGCCGCCGCCUCCGUGCCGCCAGCCGCCGCGGCUGCAGCCUCCGAAGGGAGGCCGGGGGAGCCGGCGUGCGCACUUUCCGGCAGACUUUCGGAGUGUUUGUGGAUUUACAUGCCAAGCCAUCAAGAUGAUGUCUAUGAACAGCAAGCAGCCUCACUUUGCCAUGCAUCCCACCCUCCCUGAGCACAAGUACCCGUCGCUGCACUCCAGCUCUGAGGCCAUCCGGCGGGCCUGCCUACCCACGCCGCCGCUGCAGAGCAACCUCUUCGCCAGCCUAGACGAAACGCUGCUGGCGCGGGCAGAGGCGCUGGCGGCCGUGGACAUCGCCGUGUCCCAGGGCAAGAGCCACCCAUUCAAGCCAGACGCCACGUACCACACGAUGAACAGCGUGCCAUGCACGUCCACGUCCACCGUGCCGCUGGCGCACCACCACCACCACCACCACCACCACCAGGCGCUCGAGCCUGGCGACCUGCUGGACCAUAUUUCGUCGCCCUCGCUCGCGCUCAUGGCCGGCGCGGGUGGUGCGGGCGCGGCGGGCGGCGGCGGCGGCGCCCACGAUGGCCCGGGGGGCGGCGGCGGCCCGGGGGGCGGCGGCGGCCCAGGCGGCGGCGGCCCCGGGGGCGGCGGCGGCGGCGGUGGCCCGGGGGGCGGCGGCGGCGGCCCGGGCGGCGGGCUGCUCGGCGGCUCGGCGCACCCGCAUCCGCACAUGCACGGCCUAGGCCACCUGUCGCACCCGGCGGCGGCGGCCGCCAUGAACAUGCCGUCGGGUCUGCCGCACCCCGGGCUGGUGGCGGCGGCGGCGCACCACGGCGCGGCAGCGGCGGCGGCGGCGGCGGCGGCCGGGCAGGUGGCGGCGGCGUCGGCGGCAGCGGCCGUGGUGGGCGCGGCGGGCCUGGCGUCCAUCUGCGACUCGGACACGGACCCGCGCGAGCUCGAGGCGUUCGCCGAGCGCUUCAAGCAGAGGCGCAUCAAGCUGGGCGUGACGCAGGCCGACGUGGGCUCGGCGCUGGCCAACCUCAAGAUCCCGGGCGUGGGCUCGCUCAGCCAGAGCACCAUCUGCAGGUUUGAGUCGCUCACGCUCUCGCACAACAACAUGAUCGCGCUCAAGCCCAUCCUGCAGGCGUGGCUCGAGGAGGCCGAGGGCGCGCAGCGCGAGAAAAUGAACAAGCCCGAGCUCUUCAACGGCGGCGAGAAGAAGCGCAAGCGGACUUCCAUCGCAGCGCCGGAGAAGCGCUCCCUCGAGGCCUACUUCGCCGUACAACCCCGGCCCUCCUCCGAGAAGAUCGCCGCCAUCGCCGAGAAACUGGACCUCAAAAAGAACGUGGUGCGGGUGUGGUUUUGCAACCAGAGACAGAAGCAGAAGCGGAUGAAAUUCUCCGCCACUUACUGAGGGGGUGGGAGGUGCGGGGCGGGGCAGAGCGGGGAGCUGAAGGGGCUUUUCGGGAGCUUUCUUUGGGCCUGCUUCCCCCUAGACUUGGAGUGUCCGUUAUCCUGCUUGCAUUUGGGGAGUCCCUCCUCGAGCACUCUCUUCCACCCUCUCUGUGCUCCCUCUGCCCCUGAUCCUCCACAGCAAAGAGGACUGGGUGCUGGGUGUGGACACCCAAGAGCCAGGUGGGGGAAAAAGAGGGACCUUUUGGGUGAGCGGGGAGUUGAGGGGAAGGAAAGCGGAGACUGGAGGAGGGGUUUUGAGGAGCAGGUUGGUUCUGGGGGUUGGGGUGGGGGGAGAGUGGGGAAGAGUAGGGAAAUGGACUGUUUUUGACCAGAGACACUUGUCAAAAUCUCCUGGGGACCAAGGAACUACGUACAAAAACAAACCUACCAACCACCAAAAAACAAAAAAAAACAAAAACAACAAAAAAACCUAGACAAAUAAAGACAAACUAAAACAAAACAGAACAAAAGCAAAGAAAAAAUGCUUUAGUAACUUAAGUCUGGGGAGCCGUAUUCUGCAGCUUCAUUACCCCCUAAGGAAGAGAAAAAAGAGCACCACCAUUAUUACCACCAACCCCAACCCUACAUACAUGAACUGAGUUAAAAACCGAAAACUAAACGAACCAGAGGGUGAAAUUCUGGGUAGCGAAGCUAGUUGUUCUGUCUCAGUGUUUACUUUUUCCCUCCAAGUGUCACCUCCACCCCAUCCCUGUCCUCUUUGAUUUAUUUUUCUCGCUUCCAAUGAGAAUCCAAUAGCUGCUCUCCAUUUGCUGGAAAGUGAGUGGGAGCACAGGUGAAAGGGGGAGGGUGGCUGUUCAGGGGUCCCAAGUUUUCUGGUGACCUGGCCUCUACUGUGGCCUGGUCACUGUCAUGUGGGGACGGUUAGGGAGAGAGAGACACACACAGUCUUUGAGCUGACUAAAAGGCAGAAUUUAGGGGUCCCGAAGUAUUUUAUUCUAGUGAAGUAAAACCAUUUUAGCAAGGUUUUUCUCUUUUCAUGUUUGCUUUUGUAUCUAAGAUCUGGAAAACAUUAUUUCAAAAUAAGCUUCCUCCCCUCCCUGGCCCCCCCUCCCCAUGGACCGUGCUGCCCCUUCAUUUAUUUUUUAGUGUGGUUUAUUUUAAACUACCUACUGAUUCCCGCCCCCCAUUGAUUCAGUUAGACUGAUGGGGUGGAAGACACUAGGAGAGAUACUCUGUCCCAUUUUCUCCCCAGAACAAGACCCGUCUUGCUCUUCUAGGUACCCUUUCUUUCUCUUUUAGAGAACAUGAAAUCGUUGAAAUCCGAGAAGUUUCUGCUUUCAAUUGGAGCAGGACUUGGCUGGGAGAAAAAUCAACUAAAUCCCAGAAGAGAGGAAGACAGGUUUAAAGCCCUCUGUUUGUUUCAAAGGGGUCUGCAUGUUGGGGUGGAAAGCAGAACAACUGUGUUUCAUUAUUAUUAUUAUUAUUAUUACUAUUAUUAUUAUUCAAAAGUAAUUUAUUGCUGGGGAUAAAUGUUGGGUAGCAAGAACUUUAAUUUGCACUAUCAGUCUCCCAAAUAGAAAAUCAUGUAUAGUAUUUCAUAGUAAUAAUCAAGAUACUUUAUGAACUGAUGGAUUAAAAAAAAAGAGAAAGACAGUUGAAGGUGGUUAGGUAAAAUGCGUGCUUGGUGCACAAGAUACUCUUUCGAUCUCAUGUGGAGAUGGUUUAUUACCAUCCUUUAAUAAGAACUAAAAAAUUAAAAACCGGACAAAUGAGGAAAGGAAAACUCUGCCAUUUAACAAGACUGAAAUCAUGCAUGAUCUGAAAGGUGCAGAAAGAAACACAAUUAGGUCUCACUCUGGUUAGGCAUUAUUUAUUUAAUUACGUUGUAUAUCAUUGUUUGCAGCGCAAACAUUCUAUGCAUUUGAAACUGAGCACUAAACUGGGCUAGCUUUCUGAUAGACCGUUUUGUGGAUAGUGUGAUUUCACAGUCUACUGCCUGUUUUCACCGAAAACACAACAUUCUUGUCAUAUUCUUGUAUUUAGAGGAAGAGGGGAAAAAAAGGAAGAUUACUGUAAAUAUUUUCUUUAAUGCACACACUCACACAGUGGUUACAAACUGCCAGUGUUAAUCCUGAAAUGUCUCACGGAUUGAUCUACCUGUCCAUGUUAUGUCUGCUGAGCUUUCUCCUUGGUUAUGUCUUUGCUCUAUUACCUUUUCCCCCCUCCCCACUUCUAUUAGAACCAUUUCUGUGCGCCAAAAUACAACAGGGGGAUGUGUCCCAGUAUGCUUACAAAUAAAACAUAACUGAAAGAAGAGCAGUUUUAUGAUUUGGGUGCAUUUUUGUUUAUACUGGGCCAAAUCCUGGUAGAGCCGGUCAGAAAACAAGACUCAAUUCAACCACAAAUACAGGGGAGGAUAUUGAAAGGGGGAUAAAAAGUGAGGAAGGGGUGAGAAUGAUGUAUUUUUCUGCUGAAUCAGAAUUCACUUUCAGAUAACUCAUGUGAAAAGCGGUGCUCUGAAUAAAAUGAAUUCUAUAUUAGUUGCCUGUGUUUAUCAAUUUUUUUUUGAACUACAGAAACUCUUAAACCACAGCCCUCAUUUCAGAGUGCUGGGAGGUAAUAAAUAACCAGGUACCCCCCCCCCCCAAAUUAAAUUGAGGUUCAGGGAAAGAGGCAUUUGAAGGUUUGUGUAUGUUAUCCUAGCCUAUAAACAUUUCUUAAAAAGUAAAUGACUUUCCUUUGGAAGUUAAUAAAUAUUAAAAAAAAAUCAUCCACUGAUCUGCCCAGCCACCAUGUCAAAUGCUUCUGUUCGUUUGGAACAUUUAGUGUGCCACCUACUGCUCCAGAAAGACCAGAGAUACUUUAUUUCCUGGUGACCCAAGACUAAAUCAGAUGCCAAAUGUACAAAGUUUCUUAAUAGCUGGGAUUAUAUCUUCUGACAUCAUCCUAUUUUAGCCAAAUCUUUUUAAUUUCACCGGCAAAUCUGUGAAACAAAACACUUGAUGUUCAAAACAGAAUAGUACAUUUAAAAAGCUGUGAUUUUAAACAGUUGUUAAUGUUUAAAAAAAAGCACUAGAGGUAUUUUUAAAAAUAGAUCUCUUCCAUCAAAAUUGAUUUGUUUCUGUUGUUGACUUGAAAUGUCAUCAAAGUUUUUAAUAAAAUGCAUUUGUAAAAAAAGAAGCAAACAAACCAUUAUUUUAUAGGAAAGUAUGACCGGAUUUCAUUGUUGGAGAACCAGGAAUGAACAAAUGAAAAGAUUUAACAAAGGCUGUUUUUUUUUUUUUUAAAUCUGUUCCAAACAGGAAUGUUGCAGGCAAAUACAUUUGUAUUAUAUAAUGAUGACCAAUGUAUGUAAUAAGAACUUAAGCAUUUGUUUUGUAUUAAGUAAAAUCCUUACCAAAUAAAAAGACAAUAUUAUGUUAAUAAAACAUAACGAAAACACAUGCUUUGCAGAGUUUCCUAUUUUAUGUAGUAGGAAACUGUGCAAAACAAGAAAUGCUUUGCUAUCUAGUGAGUGAAUCUGUGUAUUGCGGGAAGGAAUAAUAAGACUAUUCUAUGACACCUUUGUCAAUUUAUGAAGAAGCAAGCAAACGUCCUCCUUAAGCAGGUGCAAAGGCUGGUCACUCAGCGGUAGCUGUCCUUUCAAAGUUUUCUGGUUGUGAAGAAAAACCACUCUAAGCAGAUUCUGAAACCAGACGGUGAGUGGAAAUAGUAAAAUGUGUGGUUCCCAUACAUUAAAAAAAUAAUCUUAAAGUAAGUUGGAGACAGUGGGGGACUUGUGCUCCGUUUAUAUUUCAGCUUCUCAGGAAAUCCAGGCGGUAGAAGAGUAGAAAGGGCAAAAGAAAAGCAAGCAUGAAAUGCACCUGCCAACGUUUAUGUCAUCCAUUCAUUUUAAAUUUCUUCUUUUCCCCAGCCCUAGCUCAGGGUCCUGCUCUUCUAUAGGUCUAAGAAAUGAUGUCCUCAAGACACAUCAACUAACUUCUGAAUAGAUUGUUUAAUGCGUGUUCUGAAUUGCUCUCAACUUAGAUUACACUCUCAUAAAUAAACUGUAGGCACCCACUGC